AGUAGCGCUUUCAAAUACGGUCUACAGUCGUAAGACCACGUACAGACGUAUCUCAAUUCGACUUAGAAGAAAAAUGUCCAAAAAUAUUUUCUUUAUUCUGGCGGCGGCGGUAGUGGCAGUCACCGUCCGCGAAUCUUCGGCGGUGACGAACGAAGCGACGUUUAUUAUCGACUCGGUGAAUGCGGACCUCGGCAACACAUGGAGGGCUACCGACACAAAUGUUAUUCCAGGAGACGGAAAGAACUUCGAACAGUUGAUGGGUGUGUUACCCAGGAACGGAAACGCGUACAGGUUCGCUCCGAUAAAGACAAACACCGAGGGAGACUCCAACGAAGCCUUACCCGAGAAUUUCGAUGCCAGGGAACGAUGGCCCGAGUGCUCGUCCUUGUUGAGCUCGAUCAAGGACCAGUCUAACUGUGGAUCAUGUUGGGCCGUGUCUGCGGCUUCCGUGUUCAGCGAUCGCCUUUGCAUAGCCACUGGUGGCGCGGUGGCCAGAAACCUGUCUGCCGAACAGUUGAACACUUGUUGCUAUCGAUGUGGUCACGGAUGCGAUGGUGGGUCGCCAGAGGCAGCGUGGUAUUUCUUUAUGCGGCACGGUAUCGUCACGGGCGGAGAAUACCAAUCCGGAGAAGGUUGUCAACCGUACAGCAUUUAUCCGUGCGGAAAAGGAAGGAAUACUUGCAUAGACGAUGAUCCCGAUACACCCGAAUGUACGAUAAAAACUUGUACCAAUUCGAACUACACCAAAGACUACAGAGCUGAUUUGCAUUAUGUUGACACCGUAUACUCGCUGAAAUCCGAAGAGGACAUCAUGACCGAUAUAUACAAAUAUGGUCCCGUCCAAGCGGCUUUCUAUGUGUACACAGAUUUCAUGUACUACAAAACCGGAGUGUACAGUUACACAAGAGGUCAGAUGGAAGGCGGUCACGCGAUCAAGAUCUUGGGCUGGGGCGUAGACAACGGUACCAAGUAUUGGUUGUGCGCCAACUCGUGGAGCCGGUCGUGGGGAGAGAACGGACUGUUCAGGAUACUCAGGGGCAACGACGAGUGUCACAUCGAAGACCGUGUGUUAGCCGGAAUGCCACACGUACCGAAACGAAAUAAUUAGCCGUCGAAAGAAAAUACACGUAUAAUAAUCGUCGCUGUACCUAUUGUAACAAUAUAAUAUCUUAUUAAAACAUUUAUAACGAUGUGUAGAUGCGACAA